GGAUUAAGAGCAACAUUUUUUAUAUAAAACUGACAUCAAAAAUAUAAAAUAUAUCAGAAUGACCGAGAGGAAUACUGAAUAUUUUAGUACUUUACGAGAAAUGUUCCCUUACACGGAUCCCCAUGUCAUUAAAGUUAUUAUAUCACUUGUUACCGAGAAUACAGCAAAUUCUACUCAGGAAAAUAUAUAUGAAAGACUGAUUGAUUUACUAAUUCAGAGUGGAGGAAGUCCCCAUGGAAAUUGUUGUACUAUAUCAGAAAACCAGAUAGAGUCUUGGUAUUCUAGUUUAUUAAAAAUAUUUCCUGAUGUAUGCCCCAAAUUCCUUAGGAGUUAUUUACAAAGUAAAUCACAUUUAGUCAAUUUCGACGAAGUACUAGAUGAUAUUUCUAACAUGACAUAUCCGAAGAAAAAGCCAGAUCCCAAAUCUGUUCUAAAAAUUUUGAAGGAAACUUUACCCAAUGCUGAUCCAUCUUAUUUGGAAAAAGAAGCAAACUUUUUAGCAUAUCAGUCAGAACAGGAAUUAAAAAAAUUUGUGAAUGAAGCUAUAGAAAAUGAAAAUUAUCCAAAAAUGGACGAAUAUAAGAAGGUUCCUGACAAUAUACCUCUACUACAAGAAAUUGCAUUUUUGAAAAAUAAAAAACUGCUAUUAUCAUUGAUUAAGAAUAUCAAUGACAAGCAUCAACAGAGUAGAAGAGAAGCAAUAGAAAAUAACUUGCUUCAAACGUGCGAGUGUUGUUUCGAUGAUGAGCUCAUACCGGAGGAAUGUUUUUUUUGUAACGAUGGGUGUAUAUUUUGUAAACCUUGUAUUAAAAAAGGCGUAGAAACAUAUAUAGGAGACGGAAAGCUACACUUUCCCUGUUUAGGAAAUUGUGGAAGUGAAUUUGGGCUUUCUACUUUACAGAUGGUUUUGGAUCCGCCAGUCUUUUCGAAAAUGUUCCAACGUAGACAACUUGAAGAGAUUAAGAAGGCGAAUAUUGACGGUUUGGAAAUGUGCCCAUUUUGUGAAUUUGCUACAAUACCGGCAGAAAAUGACAAAACCUUCCGAUGUGAAAAUCCAGAUUGUCUAAAGGAAUCUUGUAGAAGUUGUUGGCAUGAAUCUCAUAUUCCCUUAGCUUGUAAUGAAAUAGAGUUUGAUGAAGACGUCAGACUGAGGACAUUUAUUGAGAAUAAGAUGACUGAAGCACUUUUAAGGGAAUGCUGGAGAUGUGGAAAAAAAUUCAUAAAAGAAUCAGGAUGUAAUAAGAUGACAUGCGAUUGUGGAGCAAAGAUGUGUUAUAUUUGUAAACAACCUAUUGAAAAUUAUAAACAUUUCUCAAACAAUCCUGGCAGAUGUCCUUUGUAUACCAAUGAUUUGGACAAAUUUCACGAAAAUAUUGUUGCCGAAGGUGGUCUUCAGGCAAAGCUCGCACUAGGACUAGAUAAAGAACCGAACAAGCUUAAAAAAGAUCCUAUGGAAAAUCUGGUUUUGAAAAAUUAAACAGUGCUGCUGGGAUGUUCCUAUUUGUGCCUUACAAUUCCUAGAAUUACCUGUUAUUUUUUUAAAAGAAUUAGUUUUAUGUUUUUAUUGAUUUAUUUGAUUUUGUUGUUAAUGCCAAGAUAUAAGAGUAUUGUCUAAUGAAAUGUUUUUAGAGUAAACAUUAAGUGGUGAUAAUUUUUUUGAGAACGAUCCAGUUGUUUUAAGUUAAUAAAAUACUUUUUUGGAUGCAAAAUUCAGUUAUUAAUUUAUGUUAAAUUGGUCGUUUUUCAUUACAUUAAAAGAAUCAAGUUGUACUAAAUUAUUUAUCAAAUAGAAAGAAUGACCAUUGUCUUCAAGAAAAUGUUAUGUUAAUGUAUUAAAGAUGUAUUGUUGGUUUGAUUACGCCUAAUU